CGUUGUUGCUCAACCAAUAAUAGUACUGUAGUAAACAUACUAAAAAAUAUUAUAAAUAAAUACGGCUUCGGUAUUCCAGCCCUACAAUCUUAACACGGGCGCUGUCUGUGACAAAAGCCAGGUUUCUACCACAGGAAGUGACAUCAUCUUUGUAGGAUAACAAAAGCAGAAGCGUCAGCAGAGGAAGGCAUCGGGAUGGAGGAGAUGGUUGUGAACGAGCAGCUCUCCACAGACACAGAGGAGACCGUGCCGUGUUUCCAGACUCCAGGCCCCACUGUCACCUUCCAUAAUCUCCGCUACCGCAUCAAGGAACGAUUAGGGAUGUUUAGCAGGCAGUGGGUUGAAAAAGACAUCCUCAAAGAUGUCAGUGGCAUCAUGAACCCUGGAAUGAACGCGAUUAUGGGCCCUACUGGAAGUGGCAAAACAUCGCUUUUGGAUGUCAUUGCAGGAAGGAAAGAUCCUAAGGGCUUAAAAUCAGGCCAAGUUCUAGUCGACAACACCAUUGUGACCUCUGACCUCAGACUCUGCUCUGCCUAUGUGGUUCAGAAUAACAUUCUGAUGGGUACCCUGACCAUAAAAGAGAACCUGGCAUUCUCUGCCAAUCUUCGCUUGUCACCCAAAGAGUACUCCUCAGCUGACAAACAGAUGAGGGUCGACUCCGUCAUCCAGGAGCUCGGCCUGAAAGAUUGCGCAGAUACUAAGAUUGGGACCAUGUUUUUGCGUGGUGUUUCUGGUGGGGAGAAGAAGAGGUGCAGCAUCGGGAUGGAGCUCAUCACGUCCCCCUCGCUCCUGUUCCUGGACGAGCCCACCACAGGCCUGGACGCCAACACUGCCAGCUCCAUCAUGGAGCUGCUACAGAAGCUCUCCAAAAAAGGCAAGACCGUCAUCUUCUCCAUUCACCAGCCACGCUACUCCAUCUUCAGCCAGUUCGACCACCUCACACUCAUUAAUAAAGGAGAAAUCAUCUAUGCAGGGGCCGCCAGCAAAGCUAUUAACUACUUUGAGGACUUGGGUUACAAGUGCGAGCCGUUCAACAACCCGGCAGAUUUCUUCCUGGAUGUCACAAAUGGAACCAUCCGUCCUCAAAUACACAACAGUAAAUCGGAGAAGUGUAGCAGUGAUGAGGAGGUGGAGAAUGAAAACCCACUGGCGGUAAUUUACAGAAAGUCCUCUCAUUUCCUCGAUGUAAAAGACCGACUCACUCAGAUUUCAGAUGGGCUUGACUCUGAGGUCACUAAAGGGGACAGGGUUGGGUACGCCACACCUUUCUAUUACCAGCUCAUGUUGGUGAGUGGCCGCACCAUUAGAAACAUCUUGAGGAACCCUCAGACGUCUUAUGCCCAAUUGUUCAUCAACAUUUUCUUUGGUAUUUUAGUGGGACUGAUCUACUACCAGAUCCCACACACUUUACCAGAGGCUCUUCAGAACAGAACGGGAGCUUUCUUUUUUCUGGUCAUUAAUAUGGUGUUUGGCAAUCUGUCUGCGGUGGAGCUCUUCAUCAGCGAGAGAGUGCUCUUCAUCCAUGAGAACUCGAGUGGUUUCUACCGCACCUCUGUCUACUUCCUGUCCAAAGUGUUUGCUGACCUCAUACCAAACCGCAUCCUCCCCGUCUUCAUCUUUUCUGCCAUCCCGUACUUCAUGAUGGGACUAAAGCCUGAUGUGGAGGCGUUCUUCCUGUACUGUUUGACCAUGAGUAUGGUCAGUCUGUCAGCUGUGAGCUUGGCCUUCCUGGUCAGCGCCAGCGUGGGCUCCUUCGCCAUGGCUAACAUUCUCAUCGCACUGCCUUACGUCGUAAUGAUGGUGUUUGGGGGUUUCCUUGUGAACCUGAAUUCAAUGCUGAGCGGGAUGUCUUGGCUGAAGUGGGCCAGUAUUUUCAGAUAUGGCUACAAUGCACUCGCCAUCAUCGAGCUAAAAGAUCAAGUCUUUACCAGUAACUACACCAGCAUGACAGGUGACAUGUAUCUGGAUCAUCAAGAGAUCGACUACAGCACUUGGGGUUUUUGGCAGAACCAGGUAGCCCUGACAGGCAUCAUGUGCGUAUGUCUGAUUCUGACUUAUGUGCAGCUGCACCGGAUCAAUCGCUGGAAGUGAAGGAAUGAUGCCGCUUGUGUCACUUGUUUGGUUUUGGAGGUGUUUUUUUAAACCGUUUGCACCAUGAUACCACACAUAUACAGAAGAAUAUGUCAGCCUUACGCAGAAUCCACAACUCGCUACCUCAGUCACUUUAAAUGUGCUACCUCCAAAACGUCCUGUGUCAAUGUUUCAUUUUAUAUAAAAUUUGUAACUGAACACAGCUUAAAAAAAAAAAAUGACAUUGUAUUUAUUGGGGUUUUUUUGCCAAAGAACUUCAAUACAAUUUACAAAUAAAAAGUGUUUGAGUUGAGUUAUUGCAAAACAUUUAAUGUGUAGGGAGAUUGUCAGCCACAGCUAUUCAAGAAUUAUGUAGUUAACAGGACUUAUGAUAAAAUGGCACUAGUAAUGGAUUUUUGAUGUACCGAGCAAAAAAUUACACGUUAAUUGACAAAGGGAGCUGCGAUUAGCCUUUGUGGCUUUUUCGCCCACAUCCAAAACUCUUAAUCUUAGGGAUUCCAAUUAAAAAGUCUUUAAGACAGGGUGAAUUGUAAAUAAAAUGACUGUAAAGUCCAGUUUACAUUCCCAUACCCAUUUUAUGCUCAAGUUUUAUACACUUUACCGAUAACAUAUCAAUUAAUAUUUUAAGAACAAAAGAGAAUGGGGUUGAAGUUGGUUUUAUUUCAAUUUAAUUAAAAAAAAAAAAACAAAACGGCUCAGUCCAAACAGUGUGAAGCACAAGGAUAAUCUGACAUUUAGGUAGCAGUGACAGAUCAAUCAGUGACAAGCAUCAGUUAGUGGGAUCAAAUGAAGAAUGUCGACAUCACUUCAGAUCAUUAGACACAAUGACAGUUAGACAACACUAACUUCCUUUAGGACCAAAAGUGUCACCCAUUAAAAACAAAAGGUUUAAAAUCACUGGCCUUGCAGGUGCAUUUGCAGUUAAAGAGGGAGGCAGGGAUAUUAGAGCAUCCAAAACAUUUUUCAUUCUCAGGGGUCUCAGACCCCCCUCUUCUGAUAAAAGGCACAAUCUAUUUCCAUAUAAACUCAUGCUCUGUGCAUAUUUGAAGAAACCAACAUUGUACAACUAAAAAGAUGAUUACUUUUAAAC